GGCGGGGCGGAAGCACUUCAGAGACAAAUCAUUUCAUUUCAUUUCAGUUGGAGAUUCCGCAAAAUAAUUACUGCUCGCGAUUACGCUAAUGGAGAAGCACGUAAGGCUGGGAAACUAAAGGACAUGCUGACGAACGCAUCAUGGCGUGACGACAAUAUGAAGCCAUCGUCUUGCAGUUCGAAGACGUGUCUGCCUGCGUGGCAUCUGAUUGAUUCUGCUCGUUGCUGGUCUGAGAGAAUUUUACGAUUCGGAGGUUUGAGGCUGAGGGUUUCCCAUCGAUCGUCAGAACUGAGAGGAGAGGAGAGGAGAGGAGAGUGAGCUCGUAAUGUCGGACCUCAGUCUGAUUCUGCCCAAGCGCGGCAGAGAAACGUCAAGUCUUAUCGAUGAACGACCGACACGAAGAAAAUCACUGGAGGACGAGGAACGUGGACAGAUAGAAAUCUCCGGCCGGAAUCUCAUGGACUCAUGAUUUGUGAGUUACACUCGAAUGGUGUACCAGUGCUUGGGAAGUGAAUCCAAGGUCAUGGACGUGGCCUGCAGACAGGGAAGGUCAAUCAGCCAGCCGCAUUCUGAGCCCAUGCAGCAGCGUCGUUCAUCUUCAGUGCCCGAAUGGCUCCUGGCAUUCCGCCGAGGCACAUUCUGGAAAGCAUGGCCUGAGAGCGUUUUACUGAAUGGAACUCAUUCCUGUCCAGAUGACCUCAUAAUUCUCGUGCGUCGAUUGGGCUGGUCCGAAUUGCCUCCUCCGUCCUGCGCACGUACGAUGGAAAUUUCUGUCAUCGGAUAGCGCCGACGCCGAGCACACACUUUAUAAGAGAUGCUCUGGGAAACCAGAAGCCGGGAGUCCCUUGGAGGGAGUUGCUCGCUCGGCAUCGGGACGUGUUUCGAAUGGGGGGCCUCCAAACCUGGUCGAGCAGCUGAAUUCGAGAAUUGCAGAUGGACGACAUAAGUAGUCACCUGCAUCAGGUUAUGAAUGGUUACGACUUCGCACCUAGCACAGCUGCCCCUUCUUCCAGUUGGGUUCUCCCGAAUCUGAUGGUGCAAGUUGGAAGGGAAGGCCUCGGUGCUUUCCCCGGUAUCGUCCGCGAGGUUAUGCUUGAAGGGACGUGCCUAGUCGCUCUUGCGGAGUCCACUCGAGGUGAACACGUGAUGGCCAGUGAAUCAGACCUGACGAUGAUCGAGCCAGAUGUAUCAGAUGACGUGAAGAUCGUGUCUGGCGCGUAUAGACAUAAGACUGGAAAGCUCGUCGAGAAAGUCGGCUCGCAAGGACUCGUUCUACUUGCUGAUGGAUUCGGAUUGAGGUACAUUGACAUGAAGUCCAUCGGCAAGCUAGAGUUCGUAAGUCAUACGUUUAUCUCGGAGUACGAAUCCUCGACCGACGAGAAAUAUGCUGCGCAACGAGAGGGUGGGCACGUGCGCGGCAGCAAUGUCGGCAGACGAAAACAAGGUGAACAUACAUACAAUGACGAUAAUGAUGCUGAUGAUGCUGACUCAAACGAGCGUAGACAAGAUGUUGAGCCAACCAGGAGUGAGGAAGAUCAUCAACUGAAGGUUCAUAUUGAUGUGCAUGAAGAAGACGAGAGAGAUAAUGAACCAAGCAGGAUUGAAGAUGAUCAACAAGAUAGCACUGCUGAUGCUGCCACAGAAGAUCAUAAGGAAGCUUUUGUGUCAGCCACAGCUGAAGAGGAACAAUUACGUAAGGUUGAUGUCGAUGUGCCUGAAGAAGAACGUAGAUCAGAUCAUGAGACAGCCACCAUGGAAGAAGAUUAUCAAGCUAAAAUUGAUGUUCACGUGCCGGAAGAACACAGCAGAGAUAACGAUAAAUCAACCAAGAUUGGAGAUGAGCAACGAGGUAGAAUUGCUGAUGAUGCGCCGACAGAAGAUAGCAGAAAUAAAGAACCGACAAAGAACGAAAAUGAUGAACCAGAUAAAACUGAAGAAGGUAAACAUGAUGCGGAGUUGCCAGAGCAAGCAGAUGUUCUGAUUAUCGGUAUCGUUGACGCAAUCAACAAUCAGGAAUGUGUUUGUUUCACAGACGAAACUUGAAGUUACUGAAUUGAGAAGAGCACGGGCAUGCUUUACAAUUCACUGAGUUUGAAGAUUAAGAUCCAGGACAGUCAGCGGUCAGGAGUGGCACUAAUGCGCCGCAGUAAACCUUGAGUUAUAAAGUUCAGAAAGGGGCACAUUGAGCUGUAUAAGAAAUCUCAGAGAACGAAAUGAAUCUAGCUCGUCUUAGACAUAGGAUAAGGUUUUGAAGUCUUUGAAUGUGAGGACUGAAGUUUGCCCACUGCCUGCUUUAAAAUGAAGAGUAACCUGAUUAAUGAAGCUGGUUUGAAGCAGACCUUCGGUCUGACAUCUAAUGCAUUCUAUGUGGUCAGGAUGCUGUUACGUAUAAUUGAAAUUCGCAGAUACUUGCCUUCGGAUAAUAUAUCAGUGCUAAAUUCUGGUCUGUUCAGAGUCCCGAUGUCAUGCUGUAUCCGAAC